UUCGGCUGCUUAUCAAGACCAAAGACGCUUCGUAGAACAAAAGCGGAUAGCAAGAGCCCCUCAUUUUAUUACACCAACUCCCAUUUCUGAACUACAGUUAGAUAUCCAGAACAAUGGCGCCGAACAUCUGUCGCGUAGAGCCCUCGCCCAUAGCGUUUGGAAUAGUUCCUCCCGCCAAACCAGCUACUGCGAGCAUCGUCAAAGGAGCUAACAGACUCGAGAAGCGCAGCGAAACAGCGGCAGCAGCAGCAGCAGCUCCAGACCUUCCUCAGGGAAGCCAGCCCCAAACGACAGACGCGCGGGGAGAAUGCGCACCAACCAGCAAGGAGCAUCCCGCCAAGAGGGCGGUGGUGGCUCAGCAGUACCUCAAUUCCCGGUUUUUCGGCAUGAGUGCGGACCAGAUUAAGGCGCUGUUCCACUUCUCUGUGAACAAUAGCCCGCGCCUACUGCUACCGCUCUUCGCGGCGUUAGCCGUUCAGCUAACCCGGCACGUGAAGCAGGAGGACUUGCUGAACUUCUGGCAGCAGCUGCUAAAAUUGGAUCCGUCCUAUGGAAUUGCGGCCUUUUCCGCGGUCGUUUUCGCUGUUACAGUCUUCGUGCUCAAACGUCCCCGUCGCAUCUUCCUCGUUGAUUUCGCCUGCUAUCGCCCGCCGGAACACCUCGUCAUCACGAAGGAUGUCGCGUUGGACCGGGUGACACGGCUCGGUUACUUCGACGAGACAAGCCGAGAGUUUCAAACGAAGGUGUUUGAGCGAUCGGGUCUCGGCAACCGGACCUACUUACCGCCUUCCAUGCACACGUGGCCUCCGUCUCCCUCCAUCUCUAACGCCCGUGUUGAAGCCGAGAUGGUGAUUUUCGGGGCUUUGGACGAGCUAUUUGCCAAGACAGGGGUCCACCCUAAGGACGUCUCUAUUCUCGUCGUCAACUGCACUAUCUUCUGCCCGACUCCGUCGCUGUCUGCCAUGGUAGUUAACCAUUAUAAGAUGCGUCAGGACAUCCAGUCGUACAACCUUGGCGGCAUGGGCUGCAGCGCUAGCAUCGCUGCAGUGAAGCUAGUCGGAGACCUUCUUCAGUCGCAGCCGAAUAAGUACGCCGUUAUCGUUUCUACGGAGAACAUCACGCAGAACGCGUAUCUCGGUAACCGUCGCUCCAUGCAGGUUACCAAUGUUCUGUUUCGCAUGGGCGGAGCCGCUGCGUUGAUCUCCAACAAGCCGCGGGACGCCUGGAGGGCGAAAUACGAGCUGGGUCCUGUUGUUCGCACCCACAUGGGUGCAGACGACAAGAGCUACAAGUGCAUUUACCAGGAGCAGGAUGAGAAUAAAAUCACCGGCGUCAUGCUUUCUCGCGAGCUGAUGGCCACUGCUGCUCAGGCGCUCAAGGCCAAUGUAACAACCCUCGGACCCCUGGUGCUGCCGCUAUCUGAGAAGCUGCUGUACGCUGCUGCUUACAUCGCCAGGCGCGUUUUCCGAAUGAAAAUUAAGGAGUACGUGCCGGAUUUCAAGCUCGCGUUCGCGCAUUUCUGCAUCCAUCCCGGUGGCCGCGCUCUUCUAGACGAGGUCCAGAAAGCGCUCAACCUCUCGCCGUACGAUAUGGAGCCUAACAGGAUGACUCUUUAUCGGUGGGGCAAUCUCUCGUCUGCUUCCAUCUGGUACGAGCUGUCGUACCUUGAGGCUCGGGACCGUGUGAGGCACGGGGACCGCGUCUGGCAGCUCGCGUUUGGAAGCGGGUUCAAGUGCCAGACCGCCACCUGGAGAGCACUUCGCAGCAUUGCGGGUGAUAAGAACGGAGGUCCCUGGGCUCAGAAUGGUGAAGCGCCUUCAACGCCAUCUGAGGCCAUGUAGGGUGAAGCACUCUGUACUAGGUAGCAUGAAACGUGUAAUGGUAGCAGUGCAUCAAAUG